ACGUAAAUAAGUUGAUCAGCUCGGUUGUUUUCCUGCUUUUGCUUUGGUAUCAUCAGUCGCUUCGGUUACAUUGAUGCUAGGGCUAAAAUUUCAUACAAACACGGAGACAAAACGGUACUGAGAUUUUAUCCGACAUAUUAGGAUAUGCCAUCCGACUUUGUAACGUAAUUGCAACGAAAGCCUCGUGUGGACAACAAACCGAGUGUUUAGUUAGCCAACUAACCGGGGUUAGCACCACAAAUCUCCAGUCUGUGUGCUGCUCAUGCACACGUUCUCUUCCAGUUCUUCGUCUGUACUCGGUUUCGUAUUCGGUCAGCACUUUCAGUCCGUGGUUUCGCCAGGAAAGAAUGAACUGGCUUUUCCCCUUGUCCAAAGGCUCCGGACCUCUCCCUCCUCUUAACAGCCUACAGCAACAGAGACAGCGGCAGAUCGAGUCGCUGAAAGCCGCUCACCCCAGCCUGGCAGAAAUCCAGAAGGAUGUGGAGUACAGAAUACCAUUCACAGUCAACAACUCCACCAUUAGUGUUAACAUUCUGCUGCCUCCUCAGUUCCCUCAGGAGAAACCGGUUGUUAGUGUCUACCCCCCCGUUGGUCAUCAUUUAGUCGACAGCAAUAAUGGAACCAUGAUCACAAGCCCCCUCAUCACUAAUUUCGGGAUGCACUCAGAUCUGGGUAAAAUCAUCCAAAGUCUGCUGGACGAGUUCUGGAAAAGUCCUCCUGCCUUGAUGUCCACUGGCCCUCCUGGUUUUCCAUACAUUUACAAGCAGUCAGGCAUUGCCCCCUACCCCACUCAGGCUUACCACUAUGGUCCUCGCCAUGUGGGUCCCAGCCAGACACCGCCUCCUGGUCCGGCCCCAGCACCAUCUCUAGCCCCCCCGCCUUACCCAGGGGUUGAUAGUGCCCAUGGGCCUCCUCGAGGUCCAGCCCCAUACGGACUGAUUUCUGACCUGCCGUUACCUGUACCGACCACAGACUCACAGGCUGGACUGAACGGACACAUGUACAAGAUGCCUGAGAUUCCAGAGACGUUUCCUGAACUCUGUGACUUGAAUCUUACCCAGUUGUCGGAUAUGUCUGAAAAUGAGGAUGUGUUACUGGAGUUCUUUGUGAGUUUGCCACAACUCAAACAGGUCACCAGUGAUAAAGAAGAGCUGGUCACCAGUAUAGUGGACAUGGCUAAGAAGAACCUUCAUAUGGAGCCACAGCUGGAAGGAAAAAGACAAGAGAUGCUCUACAAGUAUGAACAGCUGACACAGAUGAAAUCGGCCUUCGAGACAAAGAUGCAAAGACAGCAUGAACUCAGUGAGAGUUGUAGUCUAAGCACUCUGCAGGCUCGGUUAAAAGUUGCAGCCCACCAGGCAGAAGAGGAGUCGGAGGAGACGGCGGAAAACUUCCUGGAGGGUCGCACCGAUAUCGAUGAAUUCCUGACUAAUUUCAUGGAAAAGAGAACGCUUUGCCACAGCAGACGGGCCAAAGAAGAGAAGUUGCAACAAUCCAUCAACACACAUGGACAGUUUCCUACCAGCCAUUAGAACACAAGGUUUGGUGUUUUCUCAGCCAACUGCUGCCAACUAAAAUGAAAAAACCAUUGAAGGGGCCGAAAAGCACACUGAGUCAACAAUGGGCACUUUGGAGAAAUAAGAAGAUAGCAAUGGCAAUGCUGGGCUAAAAUAAGAAGCCCGCUGUUGAUGUUGGAUUGCGUGAGAGCAAGAUGGAGAAACUAUCGCGUCACCACAGGAGACCAAAACUGGGAGAAUGAGCGACACAUGCCGAGAUGUUCCAGUCACAUUACUAAGGACUGAUCACAUUGUGGAGAUUUUUUUUUUUUUUUUUUGCAGUUCUGUUUGUCCAGUUUUGACUUGACAGUGAUGACGAGAGUUUUGUUUUCUUCUGAAUUUAUGUCGCAUCGCUCAGUUAGGAGCAACACCUGCACUUGAUCAGAGUGUUUGGUGACGUCAACACAUUUGGAAGGAAGUACAAAUUGCUUUGCACAGUAUUCCCCAUCUUGCAUUUUUCCAUGCAGUGAGCAAGUUAAUAUCACUUUGAAAUUGUUUUGAAAUGCUAAUGUGUCUGUACUAUUCGUCUCUGAGAUCAUUGUCCGGUCCUUGCUUUAUUUCCCCACAAAGGAGAUGCUGUGCAGCCGUUGCAACGCUCAUUUUCUGCUUGCAUUGGAAAUGUUGUUCUAGACAUUGACGGAGAUUAACUUGGGAUUUGACCGCAAAGAAAAGAAGCAAGGACAGGACACUGCUGUCAGGAGACCUUUAAAUCGGGCUAUCAAAACUGUGCGUUUUAACUGUGGGAAAUGGUUGAUUCUUUAUCAGGUUGUUGGGUUUCCCACUUUGAACAAAUUCUGAGUGCAACAUGAUUAUCAGUGUGCUUGCAUAAACAUUCAUAAUUCCUUUGAACAUCUUAAGGCAGCACUCGGCUCACCGUGUACUGUUUUGUGUACUGUAUGUCUUAAUAGACUUGUUUCAAAAUCAAGGUCAAGCUAAACCAAACAGCAGACCAAACAACGUAUAAAAGUUGUUUAUUUUUAGUUACUGUAUCAAAAUUUUCUUGUCACACCGUAAACCGGAUGCUGACAUGAUUCGCGGUUGUGGUUUAUCUUACUCAAAACAAACCAACUAAGUCCUUUUUCCAUUUUGUGAUUCACAGGUCAGACAUUUCCUGCAGAACACAAUGUAGUGUUUUUGUAACGCUAUUACCUGAAUUCUAGGCCGUUUAAUUAUCACUUAUUGAGUUAUUUGUGUGGAUGCAAACAUACUGAUCAUCACCUUGCCCUAAUGUGCACCUUUACGACAGCCCGACUAUUUUGCGACACCUUUUGAACUUGAAAUCGCUGAUGAAAAGCCUCAGAAGAUAUGGGAUAAUGUUGAGCAAGAUUAGAUUAAAUGCUGCAGUAACACUCAAUGACAUUUGGAUACUGUAUUUAAAUAAUGUUAAUAAUAGGCUGUAUUGUAAUCAGAGACUCAGACACCUUGUAUUAUAUGUUCUUAUUUAAUUUGUUAGAGUAAUAAAGCAUUUAGAAUAA